UGUGGAGAGGGUAUAUAGACGAAGGAAAAAGAAGCAGAGGAAGCGUGGUGGUUUUGUUCUAAGUUGUGAGAGUUGGCAGUGGCAUCUAAUCUAAAUCACUAAUCACUAAUCACCAUGUCACUUCUUAAUCAACUCUUUAACAGAGGCGUUUUUUCAACUCGAUGCAAAACAUGCCUGAACCUGGCAAUUUCACGCAUGAAGCUGUUACAAAACAAGCGAGAUGUUCAACUCAAACAAAUGCGAAAGGAGAUAUCUCAAUUUUUGCAGGCUGGCCAAGAGCCGAUUGCUAGAAUUCGGGUGGAACAUAUUAUACGAGAACAAAAUAUAUGGGCUGCAUAUGAAAUAUUGGAGUUAUUCUGUGAAUUCGUCCUUGCACGUGUGCCUAUAAUUGAGAGCCAGAAGGAAUGCCCGUCGGAAUUGCGAGAAGCCAUUGCAAGUAUAAUUUUUGCUGCUCCUAGAUGUUCUGAUAUACCAGACUUACUGCACAUCAAGAACUUGUUUACCACUAAAUAUGGGAAAGAAUUUGUCUCUGCAAUAUCUGAACUUCGUCCUGAUUCAGGCGUGAACCGCACGAUAAUUGAAAAGCUUUCAAUUAGUGCUCCAUCUGGAGAGGUAAAACUCAAAGUCUUGACAGAUAUUGCAGAAGAAUACAAUCUCACAUGGGAUUCUUCUAAAACUGCAGCAGAAUUUAGGAAAAAUCAUGAAGAUCUCCUGGUAAUUUCAUUGGGUGGAGCAAAGCAAGUUCGUGUUGAAGCUGCACCUUCUCAUGCUCCCAGCAAAAUCAAUUCUAAUAAUUCGUCAGCCUAUAAUACAGAACAUUCUAUCAAGUCGACGCAUGACAAACAACAAUAUGAACACUUUGAAGCUUCCAUCCCUUCUAACAACAAUUCUUGGUUGAACACCAAUGAAAUAGAACAGUCACACAAAAAUAACAAUGUCCACGUCAAAGAUGCUAGAAGUGAGACUAUAUUUCAAUCCUCUGAUGUAUUGGAGAAGGCCCGGGCUGCCAUUGCUUCUGCAAAUCGUGCAACUGCAGUUGCUCGUGCUGCUGCUUCACUUGUACAUAGUAACUUUGGAUCAUUGAAGCUGGAAGGUGAAUCUUCAUAGUUCUCUAAAUCGAUCAACUUUGCCUGGUAUUUCUAAGUUGGAACGUGUUAAGACCUAAAUGCGGUGUUUAUUGUACAUUCUAUAAUUGAUAUGUGUAUAUUAUCAUGCAUGGUGCAUUGAAAGAUGUUAAUGCAAGUAUGUAUUUAAAUUUCAUAAUUGGUAUAUCGUUUGCACAA